AUGGCGGAACGCAUACUCAUGAACGAAUUUAAGACCCUGCUUAAAGAGAAAUGGGUCCACGUCCAGUUACACAAUGACGACAUCUUCAACUGGGAUGUGGCUCUUAUCGUGAUCAACCCCGACUCCAUGUACUACGGAGGCUAUUUCAGAGCCAAGAUGCGCUUCCCUGCGAACUAUCCUUAUGCUCCACCAGGUAACCAAAACCCAGAACCUCAAAUCACCCCCCAGGUGACCAUUUGCCAUGUGACUAACAAAUUCGCCCCUCCAGAGUUCCGCUUCCGCAAGCCCCUGCACCACCCGAACAUCUACCCAGAUGGAAAGCUGUGUAUCUCAAUCCUCCACGCACCAGGCGAAGAUGAAAUGUCCGGCGAGCUAGCCUCCGAGCGCUGGUCCCCAGCCCAGCGCGUCGAAUCCGUCCUGAUCUCGAUCAUCUCCCUUCUGGACGAUGCCGAGCCCUCCUCUCCGGCCAAUGUCGAUGCAGGCGUCCUAUUCCGCAAAGAUCCCGCUGCCUACCGCCAAAUGGUCAAGGCCGACGUGGAGAGGUCCAAGGCGGAUAUCCCAGCUGAUUUCGUGAUGCCGACACACGAGACAUCUAUCGUCCGCGAGCCUACCGAGAAGGAGGACCACGAUUUCUGGGCGGAUAGUGAUGCGGAUAGCGACGUGUUCGGCGGGAGUGACUCUGACGAGGAUCUUCUUCAACAGUUCAGUGACAGCGAGAUCGACGAGGUGGACGAUGACUCGAUCGAGGAAGAUAACAAGGAUGCGAUGAAGGCGUAA